AUGAUGUUGGAAGGCGUCAACCCCGUCGGUCCUAUCGACAACAAGCAGGCCGAGAAGGGCGGUUUCCCCGAGGACGACCUCAAGGGCCAGGAGGACGCGUCGUAUCAUGACCCGUUCGGCAAUGAAGAGACCGCGGAGGUCAAGUAUAAGACGUUGAAGUGGUGGCAAUGUGGAAUGUUCAUGAUUGCCGAAUCCGUCUCCCUCGGUGUCCUUUCGUUGCCAUCAACGCUGGCCGCCCUGGGAAUCGUCCCUGCCAUCAUCCUCAUCGUUGGACUCGGUAUCCUCGCCCUCUACACCGGUUAUGUCAUCGGUCAAUUCCGUCAACGCUACCCCUUCAUCCAUAACCUGGCCGAUGCAGGCGAAAUCCUCUUGGGCCGGUUUGGUCGCGAGCUGUUCGGUCUGGGCCAGAUCCUGUUCUCGAUCUUCAUCAUGGGCAGUCAUAUCGUCACCUUCACCGUCAUGAUGAACACCAUCACCGACCACGGCACCUGCUCCAUCGUCUUCAGCGUUGUCGGCAUGGUUAUCUGCAUGGUUCUGUCUCUGCCUCGGACCAUCAAGAACAUGACCUACAUCUCCAUCGCCUCCUUCAUUAGCAUCUUCACCGCCGUCAUGAUCACCAUGAUCGGAGUCGGAGUGCAGUACAAGGGUGGUGAGAACAUCACCGUCACUAACGAAACGAACCUCUACCACGCUUUUACGGCCGUCACCAACAUCGUCUUCGCCUACUGCGCCCACGUCGCCUUCUUCGGUCUUAUCGCUGAGAUGGAAAACCCCAAGGACUUCCCGAAGGCGCUGUGUCUGCUGCAGGGUUUCGAGAUCGUCCUUUACGUUGUUGCCGCCAUUGUCAUCUACUACUAUGUCGGUGAUGGGGUGGCUUCUCCGGCACUUGGGUCUGCCGGACCGGUGCUGAAGAAGGUGGCGUAUGGAAUUGCGAUUCCGACGAUCGUCGGAGCCGGUGUCGUCAAUGGUCACGUCGGAUUGAAAUACAUCUACGUGCGCAUUUUCCGUCGCUCGGGACGCAUGCAUAAGCGCGAUCUCGUCUCCGUCGGAUCCUGGGUUGCCAUCGGUCUGAGUUGCUGGAUCAUUGCCUUCAUUAUUGCGCAGGGUAUCCCGACUUUCAACAACAUUGUCAGCUUGAUUAGUUCGCUAUUCGCCAGUUGGUUCACUUACGGUCUGAGCGGCGUCUACUGGCUCCACAUCAACUGGGGCAAAUGGUUCUCCUCGCCUCGCAAGAUCUUCCUGACCAUUCUGAACAUGCUCAUCGUGUUGGUUGGUGGCGCUAUUUGCGGUCUCGGUCUCUACGUCUCCGGCAAGGCCAUCCACGAUGACAGCUCCAAGACGAGCUUUUCGUGCGCGAAUACGGCUGAUUAG